AUGGAUCCUCAACCUUACUCUCCGCUCUUUUCACGCCUCCCGCAGAAGAUUCAAGACAGAAUUUGGACUCUUGUCCUUGAAACGACACCACCUACGGCCUACUUCCUCGGAAUCGAAGCGAUAAAAGAUCCGAGAGGAGAGGAUUCAGACCCGGGAGUUGAUUCAAAAGUCAUAUUCAAACGCCUCUGUCCGUCACACAAAUUCCCUUCCACGUUGCCUCCUUGGAACGAUAUAGAUACGCUGUUGCAAAUAUGCCAAGGAUCACGGGCGGCAGUGAUCCGCUAUCGCCAAAUACACCAGCAUACUCGCCUCUUGGAAUUAGCGGUUUCCCGGACGCAGUACGUGGGGCCCAACGAUGCCGUAAUGGGCUCGACCCAAUACAACCCCGCUACACAGGAUUUCCCUGGUGUCAGUCUCGACGCCUCAUCGGAUCUCGUCAUGCUAGAUACUUACUGGAGCCGUAUGGUCCUGCGUCAUCGUCAUCGUUACGGAUUCCUCAACCAAGCAGCAGUCCGCUAUGUCGCUAUACCGAUGAACAGGCGAAGUGCAUCCUAUUUUGACUACGUCGAGGAAGUUCUAAGAGCCUUUCCGGAUAUGUUGCUGUUGUACAUUGUGGUCGAACCUGCACAACUUGAAGCACUCAAGCAGAGCUGGCUGUAUGACCGUAGUGUUACGGGUAUAGGCCUUCGACUUUUCGCAGAAGAGAACUACGACCCCGAUUAUAUUGGUUGCAAAUAUUCCAUCUGCCCAGGACCCAAAAGAUUCCAUUGCUUUGGUAGAGAAUACUUCGAGAUAUCGCCUCUACAGUUGACAACACUAGGAGGGGUAUUGAAUUUACUAUUCGAGCUGGUCGAAUCAGUAGAUGCUUUAGAUAUUUUCAGGAUAAGGAUUAUGACAUGGCGAAAUGAAGAAUAG